AUGAUUCGCUCCGUGACCGCCGCGAUCCGCCGCCCUCUGCGCCGCACUCACCCCGCGAUUUCCGCCUCCAGGCUCUUCAGCAGCGACUCUUCUUCUUCUUCUUCUUACAAUGCCCAGUCAGCUGCACGCACACUCAAGCUGCUGGAACGCCGCAAGGUCUCAACUCUCGACAUCGGUAUCUUCAAGCGCAAGAAGAAACCAAUCACUAUGGUCACGGCCUAUGACUAUCCAUCGGCAGUGCACGUCGACCUGGCGGGCUUUGACAUAUUGCUAGUGGGGGACUCUCUCGGAAUGGUGGAGCUGGGUAUGGACACGACACUCCCGGUGACUCUGGACGACAUGAUUCAUCACACUCAGGCGGUCAAGCGAGGAGCUACGCGCCCGCUAGUGAUCACGGAUAUGCCGUUUGGCACUUGUGAAGGAACACCAUUCGAAGCGUUGAAGAACGCUCAGCGUCUCAUGAAGGAACGAACUCCACAGUUCAAUGAUAAAGACAUGCAAGAAGGCGGAGCGGACUGCGUGAAGAUCGAGGGAGGCAAGGAACGCGCUGAAACAAUCAAGACUAUCGUUGAUGGAGGUAUCGCUGUGAUGGGACACAUCGGACUCCGACCGCAGCACAUUAGCGUCCUGGGAGGGUUCCGCGCUCAGGGACGCACGGCUGCCCAAGCACGAAUGAUCAUCGAGGACGCGUUGGCUGUGCAGAAGGCUGGUGCUUUUGCUGUUGUCCUGGAGUGUGUUCCAUCAGCCGUUUCGAAGGCCGUGACGGAGCUGCUGAAGAUUCCGACGGUCGGAAUCGGUGCUGGACCCGAGACGGAUGGCCAAGUGUUGGUCUUCCAUGACCUCCUGGGGAUGCUUCAGCACCCGCAUCAUGCUCAGUUCGUCCCCAAAUUUUGCAAGCGAUACGCUGACGUUGGCGAACAGAUCCGCAUCGGCCUUGAGAAUUAUCGCGACGACGUGGAGAGCGGUCGCUUCUCGAGUGAGGCCUACUCUCCAUACAAGAUGUCGAAAGAGGAGACGCAGAAGCUGCACGAUAUGAUGGCUACCGAAUACAGCCAGAAGGACGACGACGAAGACCAAGACAUGACGCACUCGGAGGUCACGAAGGUCUACUAA